AUGCCUCCUGACUUCUACCAUCUGACCUCCAGCGGUGAUUACUCAAAGCGUCCUCAACUCUCCUGCGCCCUUCAUCACAUCCUACACCCAGAUGUGAUUCUUAGCAGUGAAUACGACACUUCCAUGCCUCCUGACUUCUACCAUCUGACCUCCAGCGUUGACACGGCUACUUCUGUGCCUCCUGACUUCUACCAUCUGACCUCCAGCGGUGAUUAUUCAAAGCGUCCUCAACUCUCCUGCGCCCUUCAUCACAUCCUACACCCAGAUGUGAUUCUUAGCAGAGCUUCCCUCAAUUCUCCUGCGCCCUUCCUCACAUCCUUCUACCAAAUUAUCUUAGCAGUGAAUACGAACACUUCCAUGCCUCCUGACUUCUACCAUCUGACCUCCAGCGGUGAUUACUCAAAGCGUCCUCAACUCUCCUGCGCCCUUCAUCACAUCCUACACCCAGAUGUGAUUCUUAGCAGGUCAGUCAAUGUAAAAAGAAGCAUUCCUCCAUUUGAAGUGAAUACGACCACUUCCAUGCCUCCUGACUUCUACCAUCUGACCUCCAGCGGUGAUUACUCAAAGCGUCCUCAACUCUCCUGCGCCCUUCAUCACAUCCUACACCCAGAUGUGAUUCUUAGCAGAGUGAAUACGAACACUUCCAUGCCUCCUGACUUCUACCAUCUGACCUCCCGCGGUGAUUAUUCAGAGCCUUCCUCAAUUCUCCUGCCGCUUCAUCACAUUCCUACACCCAGAUUGAAUACGACCACUUCCAUGCCUCCUGACUUCUACCAUCUGACCUCCAGCGGUGAUUACUCAAAGCGUCCUCAACUCUCCUGCGCCCUUCAUCACAUCCUACACCCAGAUGUGAUUCUUAGCAGUGAAUACGACCACUUCCAUGCCUCCUGA